ACCGGGAACAACUGAAGGACCUUGAUGAGCCAUUCAUCCUGCCUCCCACACAGGUUUUUAUGGAACUUGCUGCUGGUCUUUUCUUCACCAUCUGGGCAGCUGUGAACCUUCCAGGAGAAUCCUUCCUGCCCAUUCAGCUGUCCGAGGAUGUGAACAG